AGUGUACAAAAUUGAGCAGGAAAUCAUGAACUUAAGGGCGGAAAUCGUGCUUUGUUUUUUGCUGGGCGUCGUGGCUAGCAGUUGGGGCUUCUUGGAGCAUGACAGCUGGAUUACGGUGGAGCUCCAGCACUCGCUGGCAGCCAACUCGGAUAGCUUUUCCUUUCGCGGGAACGUUACCAUUCCCAGUCUGAACUCGGGAUUGGCCAAUGUCGAGCAACCAGCUUUAAGCAAAGCCGACCUGGACAUGUUGAAGAAACUCGCCUUGCAAAAUGAUUUCUACCGCUUAAAGGCCACGGUGGUUUACUCAAAUGGCGCCAAGGCGCAAUUCAUCACUUCCAACAAGGCUUGUCGCCUGCUGCAGGCGCAACUAAAUGAUGUGCUUUGGGUGUCGCUUGAUCCCUCCGGCUACGUUACCGGCAUCACUGUUUCGCAGGACACGGCUCCCGCCACAGUCGAGUGCACCGACGAAGACGUGAACAAGUUGGUUGAAUCGCAAUUCAGCACCGAUGUCCUGAUCCGCCAUGCUGAAUUGGCUCCCGUGCCGGAUACCGCUGGCUUCAUUCAGAAAGUGGAGCGGGAACGUGAGGCCAGGGAGCGCGGUGAAGUUCGCGACAACAGGGGUUUCUUCGCCAAAUACUGGAUGUACAUCGUACCGGUGGUUCUGUUGGUUUUCAUUUCGGGAGCCACCAACCAAGACGGAGCGAAAUAGGACAAUCUGUAUUAAUUUGGUGUACACUUUUGUUUGUUAGCAUUUCCUAAUUACAUUUCCUAGGCAAUUAUGGAUUUACCAAGUCAUAGCAAUUAAAGAGUAUGUAAAAUAAAUAAAAUAUUGAUACAACAUUUUAGA